UAUUGCUUGGUCGAGCAACAAAUGUUUUUUUCCACUGCUGUUUAAGCGGCGAUAUUAUUAUUAUUUAACGAUACAUCACAACAAACAUUGCAACAAACAUUUAUAAUCUCUCUUCUUAAGUGAAUUUGCGGAUCAAUUCUUUUCAAAUUUAACCGUUUACACAUAAUCCGAACAAACUGAAUGAACAGUUUUUUUUCGAGCUAUGUUCUAGCACAUACAUCGUUUGCCAUAAAUUGUAUUAUUUCUAAAUGUAUCGUUAUAUGCAUACAAGGUACAUUUAAGAAAAUUCAAAUUUCACGGAAGAAUUACGUGGCAGUUGUCCCGAGGGAAAAUCGAUUCGAAAUACCGAAAAUAUAUAUUGCUUUUGUGAGACAAACGGGCGCUCCAGUAUUGUGCGUGAAAGGGGUUGAUUGGAUCAAUAUCCAUCUCUUACACCUUUACCACCACCAUGAUUAGCUAUAGCUUUGGUGGAAAAGUUUUUACGUUUAAUACGGGACAACCAAGGAUAGUCACUUACGUGCGUACGUUUAAUGCGACUGCGUGUACUAAUAUACAUGGUGUUCUGCGUGUUACCGUGUAAAAAUUUAAAAUAUUGUACGCAUGAUAAUACAUUUUUCGUUUUUCAAAAUUAUGCGAUAAUUUUUCCUAGGCGUAUAUUAAUUAUAUCGCAAAUAACGGACUCUUGUUUUAAUGCAAAAUCGACUGCAACUUGAUUUAAAUCACAAGGUCAUAAAUGGUUGCCUUGAUAAAGACUCGAAGUUGCCGGUCUCAAAUUGAGAAUAUUUUUGCGAAGCUCCAUUCCGCGGUAUCGAAAUUCAACCAAAAAUCGUUUUAUUCUCUGCGAGAAAGUAUAAGUUCAAUAUGUAUGUUGUGCGUUAUGAUCCACCCUGUAUGCAAUGCGAACAAUAGCGGUGACAAAGCGUCCUGCAGAAUCGUCGGAAAAUAAUCGAUCGUCAGUGAGGUCGUGGUUGAAGUGCGGGGGUAAUCGUCAUUCGGUCCCUUUGACGAAGAUCGCACGCUCGCCGAAGACCGCGUUCCCGGCAUUUCAAUUCUAUGUUCGAACGUCGGAGAAGCCUCGAGAAAAUUCGUUCAAGUGAAACCGGAUGCCCGCAUGCUCGGGACAAAGAGUGCGGCGUUUACGCGCGAUUGUCGUGCGGUUUCGCACGCGGGGACUCCGCUGUCCCACGAGAGCACGGAAUGGAGCGCCGGUGAAGAAGAAAGAGAAAAGGAGAGAAACGUAAAUUGAAUACGGAACGCGCGAUACCUGAUCGUCACACUAUAUACAUAUAUAUUCGUCAGAAGUGCGCGCACGGCAGCGGUGAACACGGUAUGCUACAAUGGAAUCGCAAUCGGGGAAGUGUGAUCUAUGUUAAAUGCGAUGGCGCAUUUCCACGAUAUAUAUUCAUCAAUCGCACUCCCGACGAGCCGAUUUAACGAGAUAUCGUUAAGCCUUUCCGAAAAUGGAAAUAGAACCGUGAACUGUGUGCCCUUUGCCGUUUCGAUGAUGAGGUGAUUGUGAGCAAAUCGCGGCGUGCGAUUUCUGGUGAACGACGUUCGACGGAUAUUAUACACGCCGCAUAAGUAGGCGUAUUAACGCAAUGGCGUUAAUCGGCGGAAAAUAAGAGGCUCGCAUUUAUAUGCGCGAGCCGCAGUUCAAGAUAUCUGCCGAUUUUUCGAGGAACCGAAAAGCAAACGGAAAGCACCGUUCAAAGUAUCGAACGUCUUGUCUCUGAAAGCGAAGCUACUCGGAAUCGCUUCGCGACGGCGAAAGAAUAUGAGAUCGUCGACGAAAACGUUAUCAAUGCCUCUUCGAAACUUUGUUAAUGAAAGAGCAUGUGGAUUUCUUCGUAUAUGACGAAUAAAGAUAAAUAAUUAAUAGCGAGAUCGCUCAACCAUGUCGCGUCAUCGUCCAAUUGCGACAGAUUCAAAUUUCACGUGCUGUUAUAAUGGCAAUUAUGUCGAUGUUAACCGAAAACGGGGAGCAAGAUGGACGAAUACGACAAAAAGUUUGCAGAGAUGCAAAAAUACCAUCCAUUCCUGGAAGCGAUGAUCGAGAGGCUGCAAAACGUUAAGGAUAAGGACAAUUCGAGGCAAAUUCAGUUGCAGAAAAUGCAAGGUCUGCACGAGAUCUUGUCGAACAGCAAGCGAAAGUUGAAGAUUGAGACGCUACAACGGUGCGAGCAUGUUUUGCAGAAACUGUAUAAUAAAGUAGAAAAGUUUCAGGGAAAUGCCUCUGGUUUACAAUUGCCAUUUAGGCAAAAUAAUGACGUCACGGCGCAGUCUUCGACGGAAGCGGAGCGAUCCCAAUGUGCGGAGAAGGAUAAAGAAAUCGAGGAGACUCCACGGAGUCCGGAUACUGCAAGAUCUUCCAGUCCCGAUAUCCAAAUUAUACCUAUAAUAAUUCCCACGGAGCGUAGUCCAGAAUUGAACAAAAACAGAAGACAAAUGCAACAUCCCAAAAUAAUCCAAACUAUAACUCUUUCGUCGCCGUCAGAAGACACUUCGGAUGAGAUCACGUGGGAUAUGUUAGAAGAGUCGGAAAGGCAUAACGCAAGAAACAGAGGAAAUCGGCAACCUUCAGCGGCUACCGUUACCAGUCACGAUGUAACGACCGCUGCGAGAUUAAUUAGUGACAGCCUGCCGCAAAGAGUCAGCGACAGCAGAAAUUAUGCGUUAGACCAGGACGUACCGACUGUUCCGGUGCCUUCUCUCGACGGAAUCGGAUCCAGACGAUUGUCCUCCGUUUUAGAGAAAAAUAAGAAUCUGAAUUUAGACAUAGUGACAGCUAGUUGUUCUCGAUCGGAGAGAACGGAAUCGCCCGUGAACGUUCCUGAGGUGAGACUCAACUCACCUGAUCCCGAAAUAUUGUUUGCAAAACCUACAUCCACGAGUCCUUCAUCUAGACCGAAGGACAACACGUUGAAGCCACCGCCGAAGCCACCGUCGACACUGUUUCUAUUCUCGCCACCGCCUUUAUCGCACGAGCCUCCAUUGUCCAUGGAAGAUCUAGCGGAGCUAUUGAAUGACGCAGGCACUGGCGAGAAGGGCGAUAAAGCAGGCGAAAAUCCCGCUAAACAGAAGGAGACGGACCAAGGAUCGAAGAAUUUCUCAUCGGAAAGAGAGAGGCUUACCGUUAGAAAAAAUUUACGGGAAAAUACAGCGGGAGUUUCAUCUGUGAAAUCAAGCGCCACUUCAUCAAUCGGGCCGUCUCGUCAAUCGAACGAUCCCCAUCGAUCGGCACCGCAAACAUCAUUUUCCAAAGAACCGCGUUACGCGGAUAACUACGAGAGGCAUCCUCGUCAACGUGACGCUCAUUCUCAUGACAGCGCGAAAGAUAAAGUAAUUACUAUUGACGAUAGUCCGUCUCCGAUAUCAGAGAGAAAUGUUCCGUUGUAUCAGAGACGUCCCAGCGUACCGGUGGAAGGAUGGAAAGAUACGAAUCUGCCUAGAGAAAGCGAAUUUAUGAUAGACAACACCGACUAUUACAGUACGCAUGUAAAUCAGAUGCAUUGGGGUUCACCCACUGGUGACCAUCAAUUCAGCAAUCAAUGGACAACCGCCUCUUAUGGCGGAAUGGCUAAUCCAUCUUUGCAACCCACCCAACAUCCCUUUCAACGUCCCAUGGAGCCGCAAUUUAGGCAAAAUCAGUUUCCAUCGACCAUUGGUCCCAGGCCAACGUUGAUGAAUCCUAUGGUGCGACCGCAGGAGAGUCACGUGAGACCGGAAAACGUUCGGGAGAAUAUACCUCCCUUGAUACCUCCUGGAUUUCCAUCGUCAUACGGAAAUUUUCAGACGUCUUACGAUCCAUCCUUUUCCGUGGGCAGAUCGACAGAAUACCCACACGUAAGACAGCCGGUGUGGGAAAAUCCAGUUGCCAAUCCUACUUAUGAAAAUGUGAUUCCUUGUGGAAUUCAAGUUAUGGAGACUUCCACAGGAACUACGCAUCCACGAUCCAACACACCUUGCCCUUGGGGCACGACGGGGCGUGAUAGGAAUAGAGGUCAGGGUAGGGACGGGUACUAUGAGAGAAAUAGAACAGAAGGGAGGCCCAAUUUUAAUCGUGAUGGGCGCCGGCCCGAUUGGUCGCGGGAUAAUCACUCUGAUCGGGAGAAUCUGAAUCGUUUCCCGAAUCGAGAUCCACGGGUUCGUACAGAACACAACACGACUGGUGCCAGGGAUCAGACCAAAGAGACCGGCGCUUCCGUCAGAGAUCCGCGUCUUGCCAAAGAUAAACACGUGAACACGUCCAACACAACCAAAGAUACCGUUCACAACGAGAGGGAUCCUAGGAAACGGUCGGUAACGACGAGCACAAAGACGACAAAGGAGAAACCGAGUUCGCAGAAAUCGCUUGAAAAGGAGAAGGACAAGCUGCCGAAAGAUAGAAUGCAAUCACCGCUGGAGAGUCUUUACGGCGUGAUUGACACGAAGGCCAGUCAGAAUUCUGGUCUGCAGAAAUUCAAAAUUCCUAAAAUUAAACGGCCGGAACCGCCGCAGACACAUCGCAUUACGAACGAAGCGAAGGUAGUUGAAAACGUUUCAUUUAAAUCGUCGCGUGCAAAGAACAAUAAAAGCAAAGAGCAAAAGAAGAGCAGUCAAUAUUCCAAGAAUAAGAGCAAGGACGUUGCGAGUGCUGAAGUGAGCAGCAGUAGCGACAGUAAUCGUACAACGGAGACUUCGCCUCAGCAAAAUGAUGCUGCAAAGGAGAGUAAGAUUCCUUCGCCAUCUCUCGAAAAGUCUGACAAAAACGAGAAAAUCGGCGAAGCAGACUCAGCGAGCAGUUCCAAGUCGAGUCACGUCGCGAAGAAGGGAAAGAAGAACGAAUCAGAAGCAGUCGAACCCACGAAGAAAUUGAUUGAGGCGCUCAUCAAGAAAUCGUUCGAAUCCGGUGAAGGCAAGAAGUUUAUGGAGAAGCUUGGACUUGAGAAGCUUGGGGAAGUGCUGAAGGCAAAAAAAUUCAAGAAAAUCAAGAAAAUCAAAAAGAUUAUCGAGUCUGAAUCCGAGAGCAGUUCGGAUAAGGAUGAAACGGUCGAAGCGAAAAAGACUCAAAAGAAAAAGAGGCUGGGGCGUCCAAUAGAGGACGAUAGCUCGGACGAAUAUCUCGCAGAGAGGUUCGAUAACUUAAAUACUAGUAUUGACGUCAACGAUGAGACAGAGCCGGUUUCUGCAACUUCCACGGAUCCUAAACAUUCGGAAGAAAAACUCGAGGCAACAGUAUCUAGUAAUAAUUCGAGCAAAGAGACUAAAAAUAUUACCGCAAAGGAAAAUGAAGGUUCAUUAGAAACUCGUGACAAAGAGUGCAUUCAAGUAGAUAAUAAUAGUGAAAAUAAGAAUGAGCAAUUAGAGAAAAGCAGUGAUAAGAAUGAUCGGUUAGAAAAUGAUAAUGAAAAUACUGAUGUUCAGUCAGAAAGAGAGAAGCAAAUAGAUAGUAGAUUAGAAGAUAGUGAUGAAACGAAGAAACAAACUAAAGAUAACCAGGAUAAGAUCGAUCAAAGCAGUCUAGAGAAAUCGAAGGAAAAUACAGAAAGUAGUAUAGAACCUAUGAAUCAGGAUAAUGCAAAAAGUAAUGCAGAGCAUUUGGAUCGGGAUAAUGAUCAGACAAUGCAAUCCGUCGCUUCCGACAUUACAGAUGGCCAAGUUGAUGAAGUUUCAAUUGAUAAACCUAAGACAAAAACGAAGAGAAGAAAUUCUUUGGAGAUGUUGCAAGAGGAUAUCAGAGAAAUGUUCAUUAGCGAAGGCGUAGUGACGGCGACGGGUCAUCGAAUGUGCCGGUUGUCGAAGGAAAAUCAAUCGGAGACAGGCCCGAGCACGUCGUCGACGAACUCUAAAAGGAACGAAACAUCGAAUACUGCCGGGAAGAAAAUUGCGGAAUCGAACAUCGAAACGAACACCGAGUCGGUAGGGAACAAUGUCAAGUUUAGGAAGAAUUUAAGAUCUCGCAAUGUCGAAGAGUCGAGCAAACCAAAAGUCAGGAACAAGAGGAACGCCAAACGGACUCGUACUUUACAAUCGAAGAAAUCGAUUCAAAGUUCCGACAGUGAAGAGGAUCAACCGUUGGCUCUACGAAGUGAGAGGUUGCUAAACAACACACUGGACCAAGAAGUGGAUCGCAAUGACGCACUUCGUAGGUCUAAACGCGUUCUACAUAAAGAUAUUAUGAGGGAACCGCGAGUGCUUGUGGAGAAAACGGAUAUUUCGAAGUUAGAUUCGCCCAGGGUAAUGUUCGAUAGCUCGUCCGACGAGAGUUUUAGCAUAGACGUGUCCAAGUUAGCCGAUGCGGUUGAUAUCUCUCUUCGACCGGACAAGCAGUCUGAUCAAGAUUCGGUGGACACGGUAGUUAGUUCGAGGCGACGGAAAGACACCAAGAACGCCGGUAAACGGAACUCGAAAUUGAAAAAGUCGUACUUGCUCACCGACGAUAAAAGCGACGACGGGAUGUCAUUCUCGGAUGAGGAGAGCAUAGUGUCAGACAUUUCCAUGUCGAGCAAUACGACUGUCGGGAAGAGCAGCGGCGCAGCUAGAACGACUGCUAAGGAGGAACUGUUAAGCAACAUUCUAAUAGGAUUGGUGCCGACGAAGAGUACGUCGGUUGACAAGGGUAACGAGGCGGACUUCGAGGAGGACACGAAUGAUCCAUUGGCUAUCGAGCCGAGCGCAAAAAAGUUGGUGAGAAAGAAGAAAAAGAAAUCUAACUGGAAGAUGGGCGUAGUAUAUAAGAAGAGAAAGAAGAAAACUGCUUCGAGAGCUUCCAAAAUUGCUCAAACACCCGUUGAAGAGACGAAUACCGAAACGAAUAUUUCGAUGGAUACCGCAGAAGCUGACCAAUUGCUCUUGGGAAAUAACGAUACUGCAACGGCAGAGAAAUCUUCUGAAAAGGUUCUUGGGGACACUUAUACGGUCGACAAUACGAAAGUAGAGUCUGUAGUAAAAUGCGAGGAGACUAAAUCGUCUGAUACGAACUUUGAUGAAGCUUUAAAAAGUUUUGAGGAAGAUCUUAAAGACUUAAACAAUUUUACGUUACCCGAAUUUUCAAAUCCAUCAUUACUUAAAGAAUCACUUAAUGAUUCGUUUUCCAGUUUCGACGAAAGUAAACCGUUGAUGAAGAUGGACGUAGAAGAGGCAGAUAGUUCAAGUAACGCUAAUUUUACCGCGGCAAAUGCCACUAUUGCGAACAGAUUUUUCAAAGAAUCGCCAAAGAUUAUUUACGAUGAACUGAUGGCGGAACUUUUCCGUAGGAUAGACAAUAAGCAUCUGAUAGAGUACGCGUGGGUCGGCCAGGAUAAAUAUAAAUGCUUGUUAUGCUUUUUCACGGGCAAGAACAUCGUUCACCAUUACAAGGUCAAUCAUUCCGGAAGGGAAGUGCUUAUCUCGCGUCUCAAGUCGACGGACGUUGAGACUGCGAUCGUGGACAUGGAGCGCGACGCGUCCGCGAUGGAGCAGACGAGUCAGAUGUGCAAGUUCUGCUGCAGAUUCUGCUGUUUUGUCACGGAAGGCGCCGUGGACGUGGCACUCGAGGCGUUCUACGAGCACUGUACCACACACACGGGUGAAUACAGGUUCCACUGCAACAAUUGCUCUUACCAGGCGGUAGCCAAAGCGUCCAUGAAGACGCACUACUACAAGAUGUGUCGCGGGAAUAAACCGUUCAACGAGUCUGCGUCUGAGGACGUCGUGCCAAGAGAGGGUGGUAUCUACGGCUACCUAUGUCGCAGUUGUAAUUAUGUACAGCUGAAGCGUCAGAACGUGGAGGCUCACAUUGCGUUCUGGCACCGGGAGCAGACGGAUAUCCAGAUCUUGAAGAUCAAUAUGUCGGCGAUAACUGCGUCGAAACACGCUGCGAGUAACAACGAGCAGUCACAUGAGUCGGCAUCCAUUAACGCUGUGACGUCUUUUGCCGUAGAAACAAAGCCACAGAUUCUUGGUUUUGAAGCUAUGGAGCGUAAAGAUGUUCCGUUAAUGGAUGUCGCAAGACCUGCGGAGUCUGAGAGCAAUAAUGUUAAUAAUACCAGUGAACGUAUUCUGCAUGAACCAAUAACGGAAGAGGCUAUUGAAAUCAAGGAGGAGAACACCGAAAUACCGAGACUGUCUCAAGGAGAAUCAGAGCCACCAGAGGUGAGCGCUGGUAAUCUAAGUGCAUUCGUUUGCCCACCUGAAUUGGAAAAUAAGGAGAUGGAGAUACAGCGGGAGCGGCAGAAGACGAUGCAAGAGAUCGCCAAUAAUAUCGGUAUUUUAUUAAAGAACUUUUCUAAACCGGGCUUGUCUAUAAUAGACAAGCUGCAGGAUAAGAUGCGCACAGACGCAGUCGUCAGUCCAGCUCCUGAAUGUAACGCGUCAGCGGACAUUCCGGAAGAGAGACAAAACUCCUCAUUGCCUUUUGUAAAUUCAUCCGCAGAACCUCUAAAUAUCGAAGACGAAUUAAUCAUCAAAGAGGAUCCCCUAAGUCAGCCGAACAGUCAAGAGGAUCUCCUUUCUUAUACGGAGGAACAAUUGGCUGCCGACAAGUCGGAUGAGAUGAAUGGGAAUGACAAGGUAGACAUGAAGAUCCGGGACCCUCUCGUGGUCAUGGACCCAAGCAAAGACAUCGAGAGCGAUGGCGAGAACAGCGACAACGAGCGCUCGGCACCAGUUUUCGAAUCGGACUCCAGCAGCGAGCACUCGGAUUCUGAGCAGACUGAUGUCAAUAUGAUUCUGAAGGAGACCUCGAACAUGAACGCGUCCUCGUCGCGGGAUCCAAUGCUGACGACGAUACAGAGACUGGCCGCGCAACUUCAGAAUGUCAAACCGUUGGAGCCGGCGCUCGAGCCGACGAUCGAUAUUAAGACGGAGGUUAAGACUGAGCCUGGGGUGAAAGUUAAGACUGAACCCAUGUCGUCGAUACCGAAACCACCAGACGUUGUGCCGAUCGCCAAUGUCAAGCAUUUACUCUCGAAACAACAAAAUUCGGAGAAGAAAAUAUUAUCACCGACGUCGAGCAGUAACGCCAGUUCGCCCAAGAAUUUUAUCAGAUUCAGACGACUGAGUGGCGACAUGCUGUCUAUGCCGACGCAGGAAGAAUCGGAAGAUAACCAGGAAGAUCCGCAAAAAUUUAAUACAGAUGGAGCCCAAUCGGAUAGCGCGAUAGACGCGAAAACGGAUACAGAGGAAGAAUGUUCGUUUUUGAAAAUUGAAAAUGUGGUUAGCCUCGCACCAGUAUCCAAGCACAGUGAUAGCUUUAUUAUUCUAAAUGACAGGACAGCGUUGAAGAUUUCUCCUACGAAAUGCAAAGAGAUACCUAUUAUGAGAAAAUCCAAUCCACCUUUAAUAUUAAAGAAGAAUGCGCUAAUAGCUCCGAAGAUCCCGAUGACCUCUUCGACAAGCCCAUCGACAAGCCCAUCGACAAGCGCAUCGACAAGCGCAUCGACAAAUGCAUCGACAAGCGUGUCGCUUUUGAAUUCAAUUUACAGAUCAAGGAAAAUCAAGAUGAUGCAUACGCCUGUAGCGGUCAAUCUUAAAGAUGUAUCGCUUAAUCACUUUACGAAAAAGUUGAAAUCUGUGGAGGAUUAUGCGACGAUGCUGACGGAGCCAAAGCUAAUUCACUUCUACAAGUGCAUGGAUCGUAAUUGCUCUUUCACGACCGAUUCCAUCUUUGAUUUUUCUCAGCACUAUCUUCUGCACGAGGCCAACAAGACGGACAGCUGUGAUUACGAUAAGUGCGCCUAUUGCUACGUAUCUCUGAAAAACUGGUACAAGAUGAAAACUCACUUGUGGGCGAAACACAGCCAUUGCCGGUAUCAGUGCGGUUACUGCUUUUAUCGAGCCAUUAUACCGUACUAUGUGCAACAACAUCAGAUUAUGUGUCAUCCCGGCAGCAUGUUUUACUAUUUAUUAGGCAAGGAGCAAAACUCGGUCCAGAAAAAUGAAAACGUUCUUCGUCAGAAUUUCAUAAGGCCUUUUAUAUGCAAAUACCCUGAUUGCGACAAAGUCUAUUUUAUACGUGAAACAUUUAUAACGCACUUAAAGGGAAAACAUCCUUCUUGUACAUACAAAUGUCAUCUAUGUAAUGCAUUACAUACGACGAUAGAACAGCUUGUAUUUCAUUAUAACAAGCAUGGAUACAGCAAAUUCCAGUGCCUAUAUUGUUUACAUGGUUCCGAGACCCAAAAUGAAAUGCAUCAGCAUUUGAGCGCCUAUCAUUGGAAUCGAUUUCCUCAGUUUAUAGAACGUACGCUUCUUCAAAAGCCAUCACCUAAAAUGGACAUUCUAAAUCAACUCAUUUUGCGAACUAUCGACGAUACAUUAAAUGAUACGGUAAAAGAAGAAAACAUUGGUUCAAACGCUGACGAUUCCGAAAAGAAUAAAACUACGAAAGACGCAGCAAGCGAUCAAAUUUCUGCAACUUCGUCAAAUACUGAAAUUGCUUUGAAUCAAGCUGGGUCUAGUAUACCAAGCAAUACAACGGAAGAUAAUUUCGUCGGUGAUGAUCUGAAGGACAAAGAAGUUAACGUCAACGUUUCCAAUAUCUCAACAGAACAAUCUGCAGAUGCGUCUCCCGCUAAUGAAAAAAUGAGUAACAGUGCUAAAGAACCUCUGCAAAAUGAGCCGUCUCUGCAAUCGGAGAUGGGAGAAUUAAGCAACUACGCAACCACAACUCAGGUUCUUCACGAAUCGGAAUUAGAGUUGUUGUCGUCCAUGAACGACUCCGACGUGGUCGAUCCGCUGGAACUCUCUGCAAGUGAAAAAUUCAAUUGCAGCGACGAAUUCGUGAAUACCAAUCUUCUCGAUAACGCGGAACUUUUAAAGAAUUUCACACCCAAUUCCGGCAAUUUGUUUUCUAAAUCCGCGGAUAAAACUGAAGAUAGUGACAUCGAGAUUUUGGAGAGCGGAGAGAAAGCCGCGCGGAGAAAGAUUGAAGAUAACGCAAAGAAAAAGUUAGAGCCGGUGUUUCUCGAAGCAAAGGCUGAGAGUAACGAGCAGGCACCUAGCGAUACCAGUGAAACGAAAUGCGCGUCCCAAGAAGCGCCAGCACAUAUUGCUAAUGCGACUGCUCAGCCGGACAAACCUUUGACUUUGGAUGACAUCAAAGACACCGGCCUCGUCGGACACGAUUUGUAUAAAUGCGGCUAUUUGCAGUGCAGUUUUACGGCGUCAACCUCAUCCGCCUUGAAAAUGCAUCUCAAGGAGUGCAAUCUCGGAGAGGUUAAUAAAGACUUAUGUUGUCCGCAUUGUAAAAAAACGAAAGCUUUCAUCAAAAUUUGCUUGCUCUUGGAACAUAUUAAGACUCACGGAUUGAAGCGUUUCGGAUGCUCGCUGUGUAAGUUGAGAUAUUCGGUUUCAUAUCAAGCUACGGCUCACAUGAAGUCGAAACACAAAUUCAACAACACGAAGUUAGUGCCUGCCGACCCAACAAACCCAUCGGUCGAAGGUCUCUUCGUCGUACAUGGAGUUCCUUACGGAUCUGCCGAACGAAGAACCAGGAAGCGCAAAGGCGGUAGGUCUGCAGCGGAACAGGAAAGUGAAAAAACUGCGGAUAACGGAAAAUUAUCGUUCAGUCCCGACGAGAUAGAGCGAUUACCACGUCAGGCGAUUUACAAUCGGGAGGUCCGGUGUGCCGUAUGUCCUUACACAACUAAAGUACGGACAAACAUUAUCCGGCAUUUGCAACUACACGCGAAAGACGAGACCGUGCCCGAGAUCGGUCCGGUCAAUCCUGUCCCCUGUUUAGACAAAAAGGAGAAGAUGUUCGAUAAGAUGGUGAAUUUAGCGAGCAGCUCGCACCAAAACGGCCGUAUGGGCCAAAAACCGAAAGAACCUGUUAAGGAAAGCGAGGAGGAUGAUAGUAUACCAAAGUUUGUACCGGAACACAAAAGGUAUGUAUGUGGCGUAGCCGAAUGCAAUUACUUAACGGUGGACGAGGCGAUGUUAAGGUGUCACUUGAAGGCCCUACAUUCGGAAGAGUCGUACUUCCGUUGCCCGCAUUGCCCUGCGCCGCCGCCGGGUCAAGAGAACCAAAAUAUAGCAAUCGACAAAAUGGGCAUUCAUUUGAAGAUGCAUGAUACGAGACUCUAUAAAUGCUCUCAUUGCAAUCAUCAUCAUUAUCAAAGGCACGUUGUGGAGCGACAUCUUACCGACAAGCAUCCGGAGAAGAGACCUUUCGUGAAAGUAGUGAGGGAAAUCGAAAACACGGAUAAUGUUCAGCAACCAGUCCAGGAGGAGACCGAGGAAGAGAUACCCGAUCCGGACGGCAAUCAUUGGAAGUGUAAUCUUUGCAAUUUUAAAUGUGUCUACAAAGCCGACGCAGCCGUUCAUGCUGAUACAGUUCAUGGCGAGAGCUGUCAAUACAAGUGCACCAUGUGCACGUACAAAACGAACGGAAAGAUGAUUCUCGAGCAGCAUAUAAACAGCAAGCACGUGUACGAUGGCAACACCGAUUACACCAUGGUAUACCAGAGGAUAAAAGGUGUCAACAAACGGAGCACAGAAGCGACCGAGCAAAGCGUGCAGCAAGACGAGCCGUUCGACACGACGCCACUUUGGAGUAGAAACAUGCCGCGAGUUCGACAUAUCCGCGGGAUUCUGUUGGAGGAGGAGAUUGAAGCGCCCGCAACGAGCGAGCCGUCCACAACUUCAAAGGUAUAUUUCGGCAAACGCAGGAGCGACGCGGAAUUCGUGACGAGGCCGGCUAAGAUAAAAGCGACUGGGAAAUCGACAUCUCUCGACGAUAAUGAUAAACAGUCUAAGGAGAAGUCAAAACGGUCGCUCUCGUGCGAUGGGGCUGAAGGCGAAGGAGUCGCCGGCAUCAAAUCGGCUAGAGACUCGAAAACGGACGCGGGUGAACUGAGUGACGUUAACGAUUCUGACGUUGGUAGGUUUGGGCCUUACGGCAAACCGGACGACAAUAUGUACGUUUGUACGCUGUGUAAUCAUUUCAAGACGAAGUACAAGCAUGAUAUGAGAGAUCAUCUUUAUAGGGAGUUGAACUACCCGAGAUGGCAUUGUAAGACUUGCGGAUACACAUCGAUAAAUCGUAAAGCACUGUUGCAGCAUUUUGUAAAACAUCAUAGUGGAAAAUCUCCAGAGCACGAGCCACUUUCGCCGGAUAAUGCAAUUGAGGACUGGGUGAUGACUUUAUUGAAAAAGCAAACGGACAUGAUCAAGGCUUGGUCUCGAAACAUGAAUAUUGUUCUUAAAAAUAUAUCUGGUGGUAUAAACUCUUCAAAUCCAGAUGUUAGUCCCGUGAAAAUCCCAACCGGCAAAAGAACCGUGAAUCUCGCACCUACGAUAUCCACUCUGCAAAACGAUAUUCUUGAAGAUGCCAAUAGAAGCAUGGACAUUGAUGACGACGACAGCCGAGACAAUGAGGAUCUUGUAAUCGAUAUGAAGGAGGACGAAGAUAAGAGCAAUGAAGAAAAUGAUAAACUUCGCGACAAGGCCGAGGACAAUCUGGAAAAGCCAAUUAUCUGCAAGCACUGUCAAUUGUCGUUCAACGGCCAGCGCGGAUUUAAGCUGCACGUGCAAUAUUCGCAUUUGAAACGGUUCUGCUUCCUGUGCCCCUACUGUGACCGCAGCGCUAGUUCGGAGAAGACGAUGCGCCAGCACAUCCGCGCGAAGCAUCCGAACGAUCCGGAAAAGAUUAUACACAAUCCGGAUGCGUGGACGAACACGAAGAUGAGCGACGAGUUCUGGGAGAAGGAAUACGGUCUCCCUCCACUGAAGAUUAAAAAGCGGAAACCGAACGCAGAGAACAGUGCCAGCAACAUCGCGGCCACAACCGCUUCCGCCGGUAGUCGCUUUGAGAAGUGCAAAUUGUGCAGCUUUACAGCCAUGAAUACCACCGGCCUGAAGAGCCAUAUGAGGACACACGUCACUCAUAACACUUUCAAGUGCCUGUAUUGCACCUACAGCUGUUUCUUCGAAGCAGAGAUGUUGGAGCAUUGGGAAUUCAAUCAUCCCUCGGUACCGCUGCAAUACAAACAAGUGCCGCCGGUGACCGAUUCCUCUUUCGGCGAAACGAAAAACAAGCCGCCAUCGACGUCUCAAAAACGGGAUGUCGACGCGUCGAAGAACGCGGAGGAAGAACGCGAUUCGGAGUCGACUAAAUACUACGGCUGUUUCUAUUGCAAACUUCGCAGCGCCUCGCUACCGUCCAUCAAGCAACACUGGAAUCUCACGCACAAGGAAUUAAAGAGUUCGGAGGCAUCUUUGAGUAUCAAGUUACCGUUUAGAUAUAAGGAGAUACUGGUGCCGAGAUUAUCAUCUGCAAGUUCCACGAAGAAGGACGUCGUCAAGCGCGACCAAGCGAAGCAGACGGAGAACUUUUCGCCUGUCAUUCAGCAACACGUAUGGGUUUGCCAGUGGUGCCAGGAAUUCUGCGAGACCGCCAGCGAUAAAUUAAAGCAUCACAGCAUGUUCCAUUCGCAUUUACCAUCCAAAUGGAUACAACAGGAGUCGAAAGAAACAUCGGUACGGUUGGCCAAAUACUCGAAGAGUCCCGAAAAGUAUGCGACGAGCUCGAAGAAUAUCCCAAACUACGAAUCGGUCGUGGAGAACUUGAUCGCGAAGCAUGUCAGGCAGUCCGAACUUGGUGACAUGAAGGACGAGGAAAGCCGUAUCUUGGGUGCCUCGACACCGGAACGAGACGGUCGUCAGGCCGUCGCGAGGAAAUCCACCACCAAAUCGGUUGUUCCAUGCGCGAGACCAGGCCCGCGUGUAUUCAAAGCGGUCGCGCGCAAGUCCACGAACCCGAGGUAUCCGCCGAACAUGUUUACGUCGCGUCUGCCGGUGACGCACAGCACAGACGCAGAACUCGAGGAGGAAAGAACGAUAGACAGCAAACCGGUUUCGUAUUACGGAAGACCGAGCAGCCCGGUUAAUCUGUCCGAGCUGAAUACGUACAUGGUGGUUGGGGGCCACAGUAUGAGAGUAAACUGUCUUACUCUCGCAACACUGAUUGAUAUCAAGCCGAAAGUAUUAUUGAAGGACAUCAGGAGAGAUCCUAAAUAUGCCGCGAGUUUGUCGAAUUUGGAUUAAUGUCACAGUAAUUAUAUAGGUUCUGCAAAAUUUGACUUUUUUUUCUGUUUGGAAAAUAAUUUUUUUUUCUUCAUCCUCUAUUGCAAUUUUGCUCUUUAUUUCCAGAUUCGGAUUUAGCGCAUUAAAAACUGGGAAACUUUUUUUUCAAACAGUAAAAAUCAUACAAAUUGCGUUAUCCUUUGUAUAACAUAAGUAGGUAGAUAUAAUAUUCGUGUCAUAUCGAGAUUUUCCGUUAAAAAUAAUUGAUUGCAGAUCGUUGUAAAAACUAGUAUGUAAGUGGAUCUGCAACAAAAACCCCAGUUCUCUAUGCGAUAAAACUUAUUUGCAUUGCUAAUGAUAAAAAGCAAAAAUAAAAAUACAAGUAUCUUUUAAUUAGAACCGAAAAAAAUCGUAAUUUAAUGUUAAUAUCACUCGUACAUUUUUGCUCUUGAAUUUACUAAUUUAUAGAACACAAAGUGUACAUAAAAAAAGAGAUAUGCGAUUAAAUAGCUGUAUAUUAAAAAAAGAAGAUAAAAACCUAGGCGACUAGUACAAUAAGUUGUAGGAUAUUUUGGCUUAAAAUAUAUUGUCUCGAAUAUAUGUUUGAUGUGAUACUUUUAUAUCUGGAAAGGUUGUUGAAAUUUCGAAUUAAUGUUAAACUUACCAUCACAUUACAGAUUUACAUCGUAAAUUGCCGAACAGUUAAAUAAAACUAUUUUUAAUACCUUUCAUAAAAUCACAGUUACGUUAGCCAAUUUGCAUCACUCAAUAUUAUGUAAUACUCACAUCAUUCGGUUUAACAUAAGUCAACUUAAAAAAAAGUAAAAAUAACGUAACUCAUGUAUUUAUUAUAUAUUUUUCCUCUUAUAUUGUAAUAUAUAUUUUAAAUGUCUCGUAUAUCCUAUUUACGAAGCAAAGAUAAAGUUGAAUUUCUUUUGAAGUAUCACGUAUUAUUUCAGUAAUGAAAUCGCACUACAUUCGGAUGUACAAAAAUAAAUAUAAAUAGAUCAGAAUUUAAUUAUUAUACUACAUUGUAAUCCAGUAAUCACACAAAUUUUCUUUUCAUUAAAUUAUUAAUUUUAAUAUGAUAGAAAACAGUAAGGAUUUUUUUUUCUGUGAAAAUACAAGACUGAUAAGCGUCCUAUUAUUGUAAUGAUUUUUAGAACAUUGUAAAUACAUGUACCAUAUCGUAUAAAUAAAUAUUUUUAAUUUUUA